ACGCGUGACUUUCGAGGAACGUGUACCAUCGAACGUAGCUCUCGGCCCCAGGAUCUUUAGGCCUAGACUUGUCGCUAUUUGACGUUGUGGCAGCCGUAAAGGAACGUCGUUUGUUCGUGUUGUGUAAACAUCAACGCUUGCUUUAAGGUGGACUGCUGCCUUAAGUGAGCCAUGUUGAAGCGAAGGAAGUCAGAUUUCUUGUUUAAGUUUCUCGUUAUUGGCAGUGCUGGCACUGGCAAGUCGUGUCUUCUGCAUCAGUUCAUAGAAAAUAAAUUCAAGGUAGAGUCAAAUCACACCAUCGGCGUAGAAUUUGGCUCCAAGGUUGUCAAUGUUGGGGGGAGGUCUGUGAAGUUGCAGAUAUGGGACACAGCAGGACAGGAACGUUUUAGAUCCGUGACCCGAAGUUACUACAGAGGAGCUGCAGGUGCCUUGCUCGUGUAUGACAUCACAAGCCGAGAGACUUACAACGCGUUGACGAAUUGGCUGACGGACGCACGGACGCUGGCCAGUCCGAACAUCGUGAUCCUCCUCGUCGGAAACAAGAAAGAUUUGGAGGACGACCGCGAAGUAACCUUCCUGGAGGCCAGCAGAUUUGCGCAGGAGAAUGAAUUGAUGUUCCUGGAAACGAGUGCGCUCACGGGUGAAAAUGUGGAAGAGGCCUUUUUGAAAUGUGCAAAGACCAUACUGGCCAAGAUCGAGUCAGGUGAGCUCGACCCCGAACGCAUUGGCUCAGGCAUCCAGUAUGGUGAGGCGACGCUGCGGAAACUUAAUCGGUCGCAACAAAACAAGCGGGCUGUCGACUGCUCCUGUUGAUGCGAUCCUUCACUCCGCUGUGGCUCCUGUCUGCACCGACCGCAAGCAGGGUUGACCCACCGUCUGCGCGCUCCGCGGGCUGGAGAGGGGGUGACAUGGUCCUUUUUUUUUUUUUUUUUUCUCGCGAAGGAAGAGGGUAAUGUUAAUGUUACCAGUACUCUUUUUGACCACUGUGUCAUGCUCUCUGUCCCAAAUACAUAUUUCCGUUCGGCA